ACCUCAGAAUGCUAGUUUAUAGUUUAUAGUAAUAGUUUUUUUUAAAUAUAUUUUACUUUUCCCAAAGGCUGCAAAAUGCUUACUUCUACAGCUAUCCAUCGUUUUGACCCCAUUUUUUAGGAAGAGUGAAGAAACAUGAAGGCAGUGAAGCAGGGAGGUUGAAAAUUGUAGAGGAGGAGAUCAUGACACACCAGAGAAGUGUGGGUCAAGGCAAGGCAAAUUGUGAAACCAAAAAAAAAAGAGAGAAAGAUGAAAAAGAAAACAUUCCCUGACUCAUUUUCCUAGUUUUCAACUGGUUACAUGCUUAACUCCACUUCUUCUCGCCGCCUCGCCCUCAGCUCUUUUCCCCUUCUUCCCCUCCUUUCUCCUUGAAUAAUUGAUCAAUGCAUUUUCUCUCCCAGGCAGACAGUGAAACAACUCCCUCCUUUUCAAACGCCAAUCCGGGGGGGUGCGAUGAGAUGUCAUUAGGGAUGACUGACAAUAGAAUUCACACUCAGACUAUAAAGGACUGUGUCUAAAGCAGAUUAUUAUUGUAAAACACCAAUAGAUGUACUUCUUCUGUAGAUCCAUUAAGACUUUCUUUAUUCAUCUUAUUAUUUUAAGCAAAUUUGUAGAUGCAGAUGAUUCAAUACUGUAUGAAUUACCCUUUGUUCUGUUUCCUCCCCAUGGACGAAAGGUACAGAUGGAUUAGGAACAAAGAAUAGGGCGUGUGGGGAGGAGGGAGAAGUUCACAUUCGGAAGAAUAAGAGAAAAAGAGGAGGUGCCUUGCAAGUUAAAUGUGUGUAGUGUCGGAUCAAACCUGAAAUACCUCUCACUUUACGCACUCCGUCUGGUUUGUCCAUUCAGGCUGAUGUAGGAACAUGGAGGCACACGAUGGAUGUGAUGGUGUUUUCUCCUCUUGCUCAGUCCACCUGCUCCACUCCAGACUGUUUUUGAUGAUGCCUGGGUGCUGCACUGCCUCACAGAGCCGGUCCACAGUGAGGGACGUCUGGGAACAGCAGCAGCAUCACUGCUUUGUUGAGCGCAGCAUUGUGAAGGAGCGUCGAAAUGGGACAUUCGUCAGAGAGUUUGGGACUACAUCGAAGAGAAGAACCUGGCCAAUUUUCCGAGGCCUGUUCACAACAGGAUCCCGAAUUUCAAGGGCGCCUAUACAGCCUGUGCCAGAGUGUCUGAGCUGCCGGUGUUCACCCAGUCACCUGAGGUCAAGGUGGAUCCUGAUAAACCAUUGGAAGGUGCUCGGAUGGCAGUGCUACAGGCACAGAAAACUUUACUGGUCCCUACUCCUCGUCUACGCACUGGUCUUUUCAAUAAGAUCACUCCUCCUCAGGGGGCGACCAAAGAACAGCUGCGCAUAUGCUCUUCCUCUCAGGGUGUCAGAGACUUCAGCGUUCCUGUCGGGCUGGAUGCAAAGGUGAAGGUAGAUCUGGUGGUGGUUGGCUCGGUGGCCGUGUCAGAAAAAGGCUUUCGUAUUGGAAAAGGUGAGGGUUACGCCGACAUGGAGUACGGCAUGAUGGCUUCAAUGGAAGCGGUGAAUGAGUCGACUGUGGUGGUCACUAUUGUCCACGACUGUCAGGUGGUGAACAUCCCAGAGGAGCUGAUCGAGAGUCAUGACCUGACUGUGGACUACAUCCUCACGCCCACCAGAGUGAUCAAGACUGACUGUCAGUUACCCAAACCACAAGGAAUCGUCUGGACUAAGCUGGACAUGGAAAAACUGGAGAAGAUCCCCAUCCUAAAGACACUGCAUGCUCUGGAGGAGCAGGCUGGAAAGGAUGUAACACUGGGGGUGGCGCUUGCAGCAGCAGAGCCUGCUCUGCAUACCGCGCAACCCAAAAGGCAAACCAGACGGAGGCCAAAGCGGAACACGCAGCAGGAUGCCGAGGGAGAAUCCAAACAGUCCGCACCCAGAGGAGAGGGACAGCAGAAAGGUAGACUGCGUCCGGCCAGGGUGAGGAAAGAAAGCAGAGGCGAUGACAAAGGAGGUGACGAGAGAGAAAUCGGAGAAAAACGAAAGGUAAAAAGUGGACGCAACAUGAGGGAGAAAGGCCCCGAGGAGAAGAGUGGCGAAGUGACAUCCCAACGUAAAAUCCCAGCGAGUGUGACCACAGUUUACCUGGGAGGAAUCCCCACCGGAGUCCGUGUUAGCGAGCUGAAAACUGCCCUCAGAGAGCGGGAGGCUCCUCCACUGAGGCUCACCUGGCAGGGAGCUCAACACAGGGCCUUCCUUGACUACAACGACCCCGAGGCUGCAGAAAAAGCCCUUGAGGCUCUGCAGGGUCUCAGUCUGAAUGGUCAGAGUCUCCAGGCCGAACUGGCCAAGAGUCAACGCGGUGGCAAGAGGUCCGGAGAGUCCAACCGGAGACCAAGACCCUCACCAGCCCUGAAACCUAAAACGUCAACAUCGACGGACGACGCGGCCGAGACGACUGAGCAGUAAAAAAAAAAAAACAGUCGAGCAGCCUUGAACAACCUUCAGAAGAGUUAUUUGUGUUUUUAUUAUUUAUGUAGGUUCAGUCACAAGAUGACCCUCUCUUAUUUGGCUCAUAAACAUCUAAAGUGAGUGCUAAUUGAAAAUAAUAUCAUUAAAACUACACAGCAACUGCAAAUGUAGAAAUAUAUAAAAGCAGCGUCAGGUCAUGCAGGAUUUCACGUCAUAUACAUUUUCACCGUAUUUAACCCAGACACACGUAACAGUAUGUGCCUUAUUCUAUUUAACCCUCUGCUCUGUGUCCAUAAGAGGUCACGAGCCAGAGAAAGCUUUUUUCCAGGUAGCGCCACCUAGUGGACAUUUACACAAUUUUCACAAUCCUUUAUAUUUUAAUACGCCACAGUUUUUGACCGCAGUGUUUUUUGCGAAACAUUUUUUUAACCACUCAGAAAUUGUGUUUCUGUUUUUACAUUUAAAACUCAAAUUUCCAUAAAUCCUGAACUUACUAUGCAGAUUCAACCAAGAACUGUUAUUUCUAAAUUUGACUAGAGAAUAUUUGACGUAAAAAAAAAGCCAUAAUUAAACUGUGAUGAUCUUGUAGCAAUAACCAGAAAAACCUUUUGCAUGUUACAUGUAAAAAUUAACUCUUGGAAUGCAGUUUAUGUACUUAAAGUAAAUCUAAAGUUUUUAAUUUAUACAUAUGACAUUUCAAAGUGAAGGGCCUUUGAUUUCCAAUAGUUUUCUUAUUUGUAAGUAUACAACCCUACAACUUAUUUCAGGUUACGAUAAAAUGUUCAUAUGAGUUCAUGUUGAUAAUUAUCAUAGUAAAUGUCAGUUAACACAAAUUUAAGAACACCUUAAUUCAAAGCAGUUGUGUGCUGUAUCUGAGUGUUUGUUUAAUACAUAAUUAUAUAGGGUUUCAAUCUAAGUGAUAAAACACCUUUAUUGUCCACACCUACCUUUUCACUUUUUACCUUUUUUUUGUGUGUGGCCGGCGUCACCACAUAAUAAAUAAGAGAUGGUUGGAUGGACUGUUAAACUCUUUAUGCCUCUGUUUGUAUCACAGUUCACUAAAGCGAUCGACUGAACCUGUUUUUUUUGUCUUCAAUUGUUCAGAUUCCCACUUUAACUGAGACACGUUGCAGCACCGGUUGCAUCCUGAGCCCAGCUGUAACUAUCGUUGCCACAGUAAACCUGAGGAUUGUUCCGAUGAGGCAUUGAUUCAAGGUCAAAUAUUAAAAGUAAACAUACCGGCUUAGGGCAUUCAUUUUAAGGAUACGAUAUGAUACACUUUAUUGUCUCUUUAGGGAAAUUAAUUUUGGUUUCACUGGUGCUGCAAAUACGAAAAACACUAAGUUAAUUUCCCUACAAGGCAACAAUAAGAUCAAAUUUAGAUUCAUUUUGGUGAUAGUUGUGGCACAAAUCUUUAAACUAUACCAAAUACCAACAGUAUCUUACAGAUGCACAUAUCCAUACUUAUGUAGCCUAUAUAGCCUGUGUCUUGUUAUCUGCAUAGACCUUUUUACCUGUUAAACCAUACAUUUACUUCUGUGUCUGUGUGUUGCACCAGAGCAGAGAAGUGUCCUGUUUUCUCCAGAUUGUAUUUAGACACAAGCACACACAGCAUGUCUGUCUGCACUGAGCAGGAUUCUGGCUUUUUAUGGAGCUGUCAUGCAGGCCUGUAGCUGCACGACGGGCAGCAGCUGUGGAACCCCAUCUCUCCCUCUCUCUUUCUCUCUCGCUCCCACUCCCUGAGCCAUGCCACAGCACUAAACCUCGGCAAAUGUCAUCAGUUAGUUAAAGCUAAUGUUCUGUUGCACUGCUGUUACCCUCUGUGCUCUGUGGCAUUUUACUGGGGUUCAGUCAGUGGUCAGUGUCGUGCACGGAGACGUGUGAAGACAAACCUCAACGACGUGAGCUACAGAGUAAAGUCUUACACAGCACAGUCCCGCCAUUUUAUCCUUUAACUCUAGGAGCACCUGUUGUCUGACACUAUAAAUAAUUCAAAUUAUAAACCACA